CCUCCUUUUCCGUUCGUUGGUACGUUCGCAGUUGGAUUGGAAGCCUCCCAACGAACGAACGAACGAAAUACAAGAACAUGACGCAGACAUGAUUGAAUUUGCUUUGCUCUGCGCGCACCCAUCGAAUUUGUUCUCCACUAUCCAGACCUACUCUACUCGUACUACUAGUACUAAUAAAGCAGAAGCAUCGGAGGGAAUACAUAUCCGUAGUGGUUGAGGUCGAGCACAAGACAUUGGAGGGGAAACCCCUGCCAAAGAUUUUAUACCUAGCUUGCGAGCACCAGCCUAUUGCCUGUCAGCCUCUGGCUCCAGGCUUCCCAAUUAAGAGAUACCUUUCUCCUGCCAUUACCGAACUUGCUUCAUUCCCUUCCUACCGUCGCCUAUUGCCCGUCGCCGUCUGCAAAAUGCCAUCCGCGCUCUAGCCAAACCCCAGAGGGAUUCCUCGUGCUCGUGCUCCUGGCGUGGCGUGCCGUGCCGUGGGCGCACGUACGUAACGACGCCUCCACCUACUCAUCACUGGGCAUGAAGGACCUGGUGUCGUGCUUCAGCGGGCACGCCGUCAGGAUCUCCGACGUCGCCUGCUCCGGCUCCGCGGGCGCAAAUGCGGCCGUGGCGGCGGCGGCGAUGGGGCCGGUGGACGGCGGGGGCAGGGCGGCGGGGAUGAGCGCGGUCACCAGCGUGUACCGCUCGCGGCUCUCGGCGUCCGGGAAGGACCUGCUCGUGGACGUCACGUGGGCGCGGUCGCAGGACGGCCCCGCGCUCUCCGUCGCCGUCCACGACGCCGCCGCGGCCUCGCGCCACCAGCGCGCCGGCGGGGCCGCCGCCGCCGCCCCGCGGCACCUGCACAGGCGGAAGGGGAGCGGCACCUUCACCGCGGGCAGCUGCGUGGUGGGCGUGUUCUGGGACUACGCGGCGGCGCGCUACGGCGCGGGGCCCGAGCCCGUCUCCGGGUUCUACGUCGCCGUCGUCGCCGACGCCGAGUUCGUCCUCCUGCUCGGCGACAUGAGCCGGGGCUACGUGGAGCGGCUGCACGGCGGGAUACCGGUCGCCGAGUCGCGGAUGGCGCGGCGGCGGGAGCGGUUCGUCGGGUGCGGGUGCUGGUCCACGAAAGCACGCUUCUUGGAGUCCGGCGCGGAGCACGAGAUCGGCGUCGGGCUGGAGGGCGACACGGAGGCGUGGGUGACCGUGGACGGAAGGAAGGUGGUGCAGCUCCGGCGCCUGCGGUGGAACUUCCGCGGCAGCCACACCCUCAUCCUCGACGGCGGCGCGCCGGUGGACAUGACGUGGGACCUCCACGGCUGGCUCUUCCACGCGAUCGACCCCUCCGCCUCGUCGUCCAGCGCCGUCUUCACGUUCCACGCGCGCGGCGCGUCGGAGACGAGGCUGUGGACGGACGACGACGACGGCGCCGCCAGCAGCGACGACAGCGACAAGGAACACGAGAAGCCUCUGGCGCCGGCGCCGGCGCGCGGCCAGCGACAGAAGCAGGGGCCGUCAGGGCAGGGGUUCUGCCUGCUGAUUCAAGGCUUCAGGAGCUCCUCCAAGAUCACCUGAUCUGUACAUUCCGCCACAAGAUUUCACCAAUCUUUUUUCAUCUUCUUCUUGGUUUGCGUGCUUGGAAAUGAAAUUUAGGAUGGAUGUACUGAUUGAUGCCGGUUGUGAAUUGAUCCGAUGCUUCACAGAAUCACAGGAACGUGAGGCUGUGAAUGGUAGUUUUACUGGUCUAAACAUUAGUAGACGUGGGGAAGUUCAUUGACAUUGUUUUUUUUUUGGCUUGCGCGCUGAUUUGAUUGACACCUGACUGUGAAUGUGUUGUGGAUUUCAGAAAUAUACAGCAAAAGUUGCAACAUUA